GCAUUCCACUGGCCGUCGCCUCGCUGGCACGAACGUCUUUCUUCUUAGUAGGCGGCGAUACGUUGUGGUGCAAUAACGGUGGCCAAAAUGGUAACUUGAUUCGCUAAAAAUGUUCUCGCACAAAAAUAUAAGGGGUUGAAAUGUUCGUGGAAAAUGUAAAAUUGUGCCAGAGUAUGUGGAACGAUUUUUAGACUGCUAGUGUAGGGACACCGGUCAGUGUGAAUGUUCGAAUGGAGCAGAAUCUCAUAGAAAAAAGUCAAGUGGGUUUAAAUCGGGUGACCUAGCUGGCCACUCAACUUGUCCCCUUCGUCUUAUCCACCUUCCAGGAAAAGUUUCAUUCAAGUAAUGCCGCACUUGACGUCCGAAGUGAGGUGAUGCUCCAUCUUUCUGGAACCAGAUCGACUCUGCAGGAUAGUCCGCAGCAAGGGCUCAUACCAGAAAACAUCUUGAACCAAGUUCCACUGGUCUCCGGAAUUGUGCCGGGACGUUUAUUUUUUUAAUAGUGUUGUGUGACAUUCAGUAGCAUGAAACACGUGUUAAUAUUCUUCGGUGUUGAAAGCUAGUGUAAUUAUUGUGUGUCCACAUUUUCUAAUCGACGAUGUGUAAACGACGGCGAUUUAAAACCGCAAAAUUUUGAUUAAAAUGAAGCAAAGUGGCGACGAAGGGAUGAAAAAAAAAUAGUGAGGUGUUCCAUGGUGGUUUAUCACUCGUGGUAAUAUGCCAGGACUCGUAGUAUUUCGACGAAGAUGGAGUGUAGGAUCGGACGAUUUGGUCGUACCUGGGGCUUUUCUAUUCACCGUCCACCUAAUCUGGACUAUCAUUCUAACAGUGCUUCUCAGUCUGUCCACUUUUGCAAAUUUAGAGAAGUGUGAAUUACAACUGUUAGGUUUAGUUGUGGGUUACUUGGUUAUUUUGGGAUUAUCUAUGGCUAUCGAACUGGCCAUUUGCGUGGUAGCCAUGAGGGGGAGUAUUUUGGAUACGACGCCACGAUCCUCCAUGCAGUACAUCUUAUAUUUUCGAUUAGCUGUGAUGUUUAUAGAAGCUGGCUGGUUGUCCGUCGGAGUGGCAUGGUUUUAUGAGAAUUACUUCACCUGUAAAACAGUGAACCCGAUGAACCCGAAAGAAACCGUCCUGGGUAUGGUCGUUUGUAAUUGGUGUAUAUUAUUAUCUGUGCUAGUAACUGUUUGGUGCACAUAUGACGCGGCAGGCCGCUCAUGGGUAAAAAUGAAACAGUACCAAAGAUCAAUGCGGGAAUCAGAAUCCAAGUUUCAGUACAAAAGGUCCGGCAGUACUCGAAAUUGGCGACAACGAAAAGUCCUGCGGGCUUACCAGGACAGCUGGCAGCAGCGCUGCCGUUUCCUGUUCUGUUGCUCGGGAACGUCGGACCGAAACCGCAAUUCCUUCGCCGACAUCGCGCGAUUGCUCUCCGACUUCUUCCGGGACCUGGACGUCGUACCAUCGGACGUGGUCGCGGGCCUGGUCCUACUGAGGAAGUUCCAGAAGAUCGAAAGGAAGGCCAUCGUCGAGCAACGUAAAAAUGAUACUUACGAGUUCCUUUCGGGCGUAGCCGUAACCCCACGGACCCAGUUUCUGUCUCUGCACGAAGGUGCCGAUUUAGAACUGUUUCAGACAGUCAUACAUUAUGCUCACUUUGCCGUUCGGGCUUACGGUUGGCCCAUCUACGUAUGGACGUCAUCUAUGGGUCUGUGCAGGUUGUGCGCUGACUUGAAGUGUUGUUGCUGCCUGCCGUGUCAAAAACGCGUCUCGGCUGAAAUUGUCGAAGACAACUGUUGCAGGUGCAACUACGCAGCCUUACAGAAACUCACCAGUUUGGGAGAUAUAGAGAUUAUAUAUGCCACUUACCACGUGGACGUGGGUGAAACUCCCUUUUUCGUUGCCUUAGAUUACGAUCGGAAGAAAGUGGUGAUCAGUGUUAGAGGCACGUUGAGUAUGAAAGAUAUUUUAACCGAUUUGAACGCCGAAGGUGAAACGCUUCCGUUGGAUCCUCCACGAGAGGAUUGGUUGGGACACAAAGGUAUGGUCCAAGCAGCCCAGUACAUUCUGGAUAAACUUCAAGAAGAGGAGUUGAUCGAACGAGCCUUACAACACUGUCCGGAAAGGGGAACCAAUGAUUUCCAAAUCGUGAUUGUCGGACAUUCCCUAGGUGCUGGUGCGGCCAGCAUUUUGGGAAUACUCUUAAGACAGUAUUAUACUUCUCUUAAGUGCUACUGCUAUUCUCCCCCUGGAGGUCUCCUUAGCAUGCCGGCUGUGGAAUACACCAAAUCUUUCACCAUAUCCGUGGUGGUAGGGAAAGAUGUAGUACCCAGAAUAGGACUCCACCAGAUGGAAGCGCUGCGGGCCGAUUUGAUCAACGCCAUCAAACGCAGUGUGGACCCUAAGUGGAAGACCAUUACCUGCAGCAUCAUUUGCUGCGGUUGUUCUCAGCCGACAUCAGCCGUUGAAUUAUCCACAGGAGAAAGCGACGUUGGAGAGUAUAUGAGGUCUCGACGGCACGCCCGUGAUGGACUACACCCCUCUGACAGUUCAAUAGCUCUGACGUCGCAUCAACCCCUCUAUCCUCCAGGUCGUAUAAUACACGUGGUGCGCCAUCACCCAACACGUGGCGAACAAAAGUAUGAAAAGAGAUGGAGACAAGCCCUCUCGAAACGGGAACCGGUAUAUCAAGCGCUGUGGGCUCAUAAUACCGAUUUUGACGAAGUGUUGAUUUCUCCGGUGAUGAUACAGGAUCACAUGCCUGAUAAAGUAUUAGAUGCCCUCAACAAGGUACGGUCGCAUCGUGUUCGUCAGCCCGAUAUCUACAUGUUCAGUGACCAGGUAGAUUAGCUAGCAUGGAUAGCAUUUUCAAUGGGAAACCGCUUAUAACCGUGUAUUUGCACCAAACAAAAAGCACUUGACAACACCGUAGAAAUUUCACGUUUGGGUAAACUAGUCUUUUGUGUUUGUAUAAAAUGCUAUUCUUCACUGGAGGCCGUACGGUUACAAAUUUUCACGUAAUCUGUGAUUAGAGUGUAUACUUUGUCUUAUUUUUAGUUUGUUAUUUAUUUAUUUUUAGUUUAAUGUGACAGUGGAUUCAUUUUUUACAUUUUUAGUAAAUAUAUUAUUUUCAAGUGUU